AUGGAUUCGAAACGCCGCAAGACCGGCGACCAAGACAUCAGCGCGCUGAGGCUUGCGUCGCGCCAGAAAUACCUUGCCGAACGAGAAGCGCAACAACUCGCCCUACUUCGCCGCCAGGUUGCAGAGGAAGCAGAAGAGGAGGAGAGAUUAGGGGACAAAUUAUCAGCAAGGGAACGUCAGGAGUUUAGAAACAACAGGAAAACUCUGGAGUUGGCAGAGGCGCGUAAUGCUAUCGAUGAUUCGGGAGAAGGCUACAUACUGCCCGAUGCGGACUAUUCGAAUAAGCAUGAGGCCCUUACCAAACGACACAAAGACAAGGUCUAUGAGAAGAGCGAGGUUCAACUAUGGGAAGAGGAGCAGAUGAAGAAGAUCAAGAGUCAGCCUAAGCCCAAGGCAUCGGAUCGUGUUCAAGAGGAGGACUAUGAGUACGUCUUCGACACAUCCAACGAAGUACAGUUUCAGGUGGAUGCCUCGACUCGUGUGGAUGUGGACAAGCAGAUGUUGCAGCGCCAGCUAGAUGAAGCAGAGAAAAGGGCUUCUAGUAUUGAGGACGUCCGACGAAGUUUGCCGGUCUACAAGUUCCGGGACGAACUACUCGCCGCCGUGGAUCAGCAUCAGGUUAUCGUUGUCGUCGGUGAAACUGGAUCCGGAAAGUCGACUCAAAUCCCGCAAUACGUCCAUUCUGCUCUUGAUUCGAGCGGUAUGAUUGCUGUCACACAACCACGACGAGUUGCGGCUAUGAGCGUUGCCAAGCGUGUAGCAGAAGAGUUUGGCUGUAAGCUUGGGAACGAAGUGGGUUACAGCAUUCGUUUCGAGGACAAGACUGGGCCGAAGACAAAGAUCAAAUUCGCCACAGACGGUGUAUUGCUACAGGAGGCGAAGUCCGAUCCGCUACUCUCGAACUACUCUUGCAUCAUGAUUGACGAGGCCCACGAACGGUCCCUACAAUCCGACUUGCUACUGGUUCUCUGCAGGGAAGUUUGCCAUGCUCGACCAGACUUCAAACUCCUCAUCCUUAGUGCUACUAUCAACGCUGCGCACUUCUCACAGUACUUCCACAACUGUCCUAUCUUCUCAAUUCCUGGUCGAACCUUUCCCGUGGAAGUUUUGUAUUCUAAAGCACCAGAAGCAAAUUAUCUUGCAGCAAGCAUCACGACUGUGAUGCAGAUACAUAUUUCUGCAGAGCCAAAAGGGGACAUUUUAGUCUUCUUGACAGGUGAGGAAGAGAUCCUAGCGGCUGCGGAGAGCAUAGAGGAAACGAAGAAAAAGCUUGGAUCAAGAAUUAGAGAGCUCGUCGUGUGCCCUAUCUACUCUGCCCUCCCGCAAGAUUUGCAACAAAAGGCGUUCGAGCCAGCCCCUCCUAAUGGACGCAAGGUUAUCUUAGCUACCAACAUCGCUGAGACCAGUGUGACCUUCGAAGGUGUGAGGCAUGUUGUCGACACAGGCUACAGCAAAGAAAAUACUUGGGACAGUGUUCGAGGAUUGUCAUCACUGGUCAUAACACCAAUUUCGCGUGCCAACGCAGACCAGAGAAAAGGAAGAGCGGGUCGUACGUCAUCUGGCUGGUGCUAUCGAUUGUAUACUCGAGCCGCCUACUACAACGAGUUACAGCCUGAGAACAUACCCGAGAUCCAACGUACAAACCUCGAUGAGGUCGUGUUAAGCCUCAAGCAACUCGGGAUAACUAACUUGCUUGAGUUUGAGUUCCUGGACAGCCCUUCGAGCACGUCGAUGAUCAAGUCUCUUGAGAACUUGUACGCCCUGGGAGCUUUGGACUCCACAGGAGCUUUAACUCGAUUAGGUCGAAGAAUGGCGGAGUUACCUUUGGAUAUCAAGCUAUCGAAGGCUAUCAUUGAGUCCGAAAAGUACGGUUGUAGAGAGGAAAUCCUCUCGAUCGUUAGUAUGACGGGAGAAUCUGCGACCCUGUUCCUUCGGCCCAAAGACAAGAAGGUUGCGGCUGACGCUGCACGCAAAAGGUUCACAUCGUUAGAAGGGGGUGACUUCAUAACGUAUCUCAACAUCUGGAACGAAUUCGUUGAAAGUGGUUACGACCCAGGGUGGGCACGUGAGAACUAUCUUCAAGGAAGGGUUCUUACACGUGUGCGAGACGUUCGUGACCAAUUGGAGCGACUGGCCGACCGCGUCGAGGUGCCGGAGUCGUCAUGUGGUACGGAUCAUAUCGCCAUUCGAAAGUGCCUUACCGCCGCGUUCUUCACAAAUGCAGCGAGGCUGCAGAGAGAUGGGCAGACCUACCGUGUCCUGGCAAACAGCGGUUUGACCGUCCACAUUCACCCCUCCUCUCCCCUCAACGAAAGCCGACCGAAGUGGUGCAUAUUCGCUUCUCUGCAGGCAACCUCGAAAGAGUGGAUGAUGACCUGUGCACCUAUAGAGCCAGAUUGGCUGGUCGAGGUAGCACCUCACAUGCACACCGAGAGCUCAAUCUCCAAGCUCGGCGAUAACAAGAAGAUGCCAAAGGCGCUGCAGGAGAGGUCGAAGACCAGCGCUGGUCACAACACGACGAUCAAGAGUGGGAUGCCCAUGGGCCAGAAGUAG